UCGUUUUAUUGGAAGAUGGAAAUUAAUGUGGAACCUCUUUCUUUUUUUGCCACGUUCUACACGGAAUUUCUAAAAGUGACACGGAAGGGAAAAAAAUGGUGUCACUAGUCACCACAGCCACAAAGUUAUAUACCCCGUUUAUGAUUUCAGACCUAACCCUAAACUCAACCCUUACCUUAACUACACUGCUAACCUUAUGUCUAACCGUAACCUUAAAGCACAUUUUUGUUUUCAGAAUUUUUUGACCGUACACUUUGUGGCUGUGAUAACUAAUGAAAACAAACCAAAAAAUACUCACAGGAAGUCGAUAGCUAACUACGUUAGCUUUUCCGCUGGGUUUAUUCUGUCAAGCUGCUCAUAUCUGAAAAUACAUUUUGUGUGAGCUUCUGGACCAAAUGACAGCGACUCCGUUGACUGCAAUUGUUUUAUCUCGCUGCAUGCAGUUAAAUCGCUAAAUGAUGGGAGAGAGAAUGUGUAUAAUGGUGGUGUGAUCCUGUGUGUCUCUGUGCCAUGGAGAAGCCGUGGAGGCUUUGGGGCUCGGUGGAGCGCUGUGCCCUGGCCUUGGCCUCCUGGUCCUGGGGUGCCUGUCGCAUCUCCCUCCUAGCCCUCAUCCUCACCUUCCACCUCUACGGAGGCUUCUUUCUCCUGGCUCUCAUCCUGGCCUCGGUGGCCGCCAUCCUCUACAAGUUCCAGGACGUGCUGCUCUACUUCCCCGACCAGCCCUCCUCCUCCCGGCUCUAUGUGGCCAUGCCAACAGGCAUCCCCCAUGAGAACGUCUACAUCCGCACCAAGGACGGCGUGCGCCUCAACCUUAUCCUGCUCCGCUACACCGGCGGAGACAGCCUUGAUAACCCCGGGGUCGCCCCCGUCAACGCAUCUAACCCUGCCUCCACGGCCCCGCCCACGAUCCUUUAUUUCCACGGCAACGCAGGCAACAUCGGGCACCGGGUGCCCAACGCUCUGCUGAUGCUGGUGAACCUGAAGGCCAACGUGGUGCUGGUGGACUACCGGGGGUAUGGGAAGAGCGAGGGCGAGCCCAGUGAGGACGGCCUGUACCUGGACGCCCAGGCCACGCUGGACUACGUGAUGACCCGGCCUGACCUGGACAAGACCAAGGUGAUGGUGUUUGGCCGCUCUCUGGGGGGUGCAGUGGCGGUUCGCCUGGCCUCGGCCAACCCUCACCGUGUGGCGGCCAUCGUGGUGGAGAACACCUUCCUCAGCAUCCCCCACAUGGCCGCCACACUCUUCUCCUUCCUGCCCAUGAGGCUGCUGCCCCUGUGGUUCUACCGGAACCAGUUCCUGUCCUACAGACAGGUGGCGCUGUGCCGGAUGCCCUCGCUGUUCGUGUCGGGCCUGUCAGACCAGCUCAUCCCGCCCGUCAUGAUGAAGCAACUUUACGAGCUGUCGCCGGCACGGACUAAACGUCUGGCCAUCUUCUCUGAGGGCACACACAACGACACAUGGCAGUGCCAGGGCUACUUCGCCGCACUGGAACAGUUUGUCAAGGACCUGAUGAAUAGCCACACCCGCGAGGAGAGCGUCCAGUCCACAGCCAGUGUCACAAUCAUCUAGUCUAGAGAGAAGAAGAGUCUAGAGAAAACCCUACAGUCCAUACUCCCUACGUAUGUGUGUAGAUCCAAAACCAUUGAAUAGGUGUAAUAAGCAGCAAUAUGGCUAAGGAAAUGUGAAGCCAACCACUGCCAUAUUGGUUAUACCUGUCUAGUUGUUUCUGAUCUACUUGAAGUGUCUAUGGUAGGGUAGCAGUAACUAGGCUGAGCUACUAGGGUCAGGUUGGAGAGAAUGUUCAUUUCUACACUUUUGUUUUGUUUUCAUCAUGGUCUUUUUCCAUAGUAACUGUACCAUAUCAAACAAUUGGGGAGUACUUUAGGUAUGGGGGGUGUUUGGGGUUGAUGGAGGGGUGAUUAACAUGGACAUGUCUUCAUAAGUCUAUUUGUGUGUGAUGAAUGACUGCAGUGGGUGGACAUGUACUUGUUAUGGCCUUUUUUGAAUAAUUUACAAACCAUACACAACUUUGAUCAUCCUGUCAAACACAACCACACUUUUAAAAACACUUUAAAAAGAAAAUCAACUACAGGAGGCAAAGCUGCACCUGAACUGCCAGAACUCCAUGACAAUGUUUAGCUAACAUAAUAGCAUUUCAGUAAAUCAAUAAGACAUUUUUGACUAAUAUGAUAGUGUUUCAGUAAUUCAAUUAAAAAGUUUAUUUUAAUUGUGUAAUUUGUUAUUUCAUGACAUGCUGUUUAAAGUUACAUGCGUGAGGAUUUUAUAGGCAUCAUAGCGUCCUUAUAGAUUCAUAUUCUACUUUUGACAGAAAAUCCUGUUCAUAUCAGCCGAGAGAGACACAAUAUGAUACAGCCCAUAAGGCACUAUGUAUGUGGCACUCUGAAAAGGAGCAUGCACAACCUGAAUGUUUCACUCCCAAACUAUUUUGUUGUUGUAAAUGGCCAGAUGAUAUUCCAAUGUUGCAUAAAUCCCAUUCUACACUGUAUAUUCUCUGACAAUAAAUGUAAACGCCUAUGUGGCUGGAGCUGUUGUCAACUCUUUGCAUAGUUGACCCGUUAUCUUGGUUGCCAACACCAGGGCUUUCAGACGGAUGUGACCAUUAGAUUUGACAUGUAAGGCUUGUCUGUCUGUACAAUACAUUUUUAUCUGCAUUGUUCUGAAUUCUGCACACUAUUAAAAACCAGAACACCCUCACCC